AUGUCUGCUUUGCCAAGCAUUAUUUACAAAACAUUUACAAAGAGAUUUUCUACAAUUCUUCUUGGAGCAACUGGAACAGUUUUUGUUUUUGACUUAGUUUUCAAUAAAGCUACUGAUGCUUACUGGGAAAAAAGAAAUCAAGGAAAACUUUGGAAAGAUGUAGAACCAUUGGUUCUUGCAAGAAUUGCCGCUGAAGAAUAG